AUGUUUAGGAUUGCACAUGUGCAUACAUGUCGGCAACUAACGAUCGAGACACAAGGAUGCUCGGAACACGUCUGGCUUCAUGAUCAGCUGCUGUGUGCAGUACAUGCGUGCACAUAUUGUGAAAGUGAUUCGGCACCCAUACCGCAGGAAGCCCAGCAGCCUCCGCCGAAUCAGAAGCCUGCGCCGGAUCAGAAGCCAGCGCCCUCUGAGCCUGCGGCGCAGAAGCUAGCUCCAGAAGCUCAGGUUCUUAAGAGCCCUAGUGCCCGAGGCUCCAAGCGCCAGCACGAGACACCAACGAAAACCCCGAAACCGGCCACGGCUGAGACUGCUGAUGCCGAAGACCCCGCUUCGGAUGAUGAAGCCCCGAAAGUGCUAAACUUUAGCGACCUUAGCAAGCUUGAGAAGGAGAAGGUGAGGCGGAUUGUCACCCCAAAACGGGGUUCGGGGAAACUGGAAGUGCCAGACAACAUCUUCGAGAUGUGGAAAGACGCCGGGAAGGGCCGGGACAAUUUGUUCCGCAUGUGGGCAAAGGCUGGAGGUGUCAAGGCCGUCUUCAUGGAAUCCGUCCUGAUCCUGAAUCGUACGACCAGAAGCAAGAAGCUCGAAGUGAAAGGCGGCUUCUACAGUAAAGAAGACAUGAAAAGCGAGUUGGGCUACUCGCAGUCCCGCGUCGAGAAAAUCGUGGCCUGGGCCGAGAAGAAAGGACUGCUGCGAACCUGUGAGUACGAUGAUGAGACAAUCGAGUAUUGGGUCAAUACGAGAACAUCUGGAACCCUGACAAAAGAAGACAUGGAGAUGCUGGAGCACGAGAAGCGGUACUCGGGCGAAGGCGGCACCGACUUGAACUUCAAGCCGGGGGUUCACCUUGAUGGUUUCUCUUUCUCUGAUGAUGACGACAUGAUUCACAACAACACGAAGGAUCUUGUUGCUUCGCAAAUGAAAGAGUACAUGAAGGCCGUGCUGAAGGGCAAGAACUCCCUGGAGGCUUUCACGGACAAGGAAUAUGAGAAUCUCUAUGAAGAGAUGGCCGAGGCCAAGGCUGAAGGGGGUGCAGGCAGCUAUGACAAUCCGAACGUCAGCGAGCAAGUCCUUCUCAUCGCUGUCAGAUAUGGAAAGGGUGCUGGGGCCCCAGCAGAGCCAAGUGAUAACGAUGAGAUGCAGCAAUACCAGUCGGAUCUCGACAUGAGCAUGGAUACUCAAACUUCGCCGGCUUCUGCAAGCACUCGAGUACCUGACACCCCCACCUCGCAGCAUGUAGUAGAGUCGCACCUGGAUGAGAAGUUGCUUGCCGAAACCACUCUGGCUUCGAAGAUUCUGUGGCAUUGCGUUGAGGAGAUUAACGCACUCCGGCGGAAGCAUGGGGGCACUGCUCUGUGUGUGUUCAAGAUUGGUCUCACGUCCGAUCCUGUUCGGCGAAGCCAAAGCUAUUUCGAUCUGAACUUCCAGUCCUUUCUAGUGCUGCACAAGGUAUGCCGGCCAGAGCUGCUGGGGAUGCUGGAGAUGCUUGAAGCUGCAUUGAUUGCAGAAUUUCACGAUGGUGAACGCUGCUGCCGAAACAAACAAUGGGGCGGUGAGAGUAUGCGUAAGAAAGACUUCUCGCCUAGGUUCCCGCCGCCCUACUUUGCAUAUUGUGUCCCCGCGAAAGAUCUCGUCGAGGAUGCCCGCACGGCUCUGAAGAGAGAUCCUUGCGAGCUGUUGGCCAAGAUUGCAAAGAUUCAGUUGUCUAACGCUGACGGUCCCCUCUACAACUUGCUGCAGAAACAUGGGCUGGGUUUGCCUUUUAACUUUAGCUGGCAGCAGGCUGGCAGGAUCCUACAGUACCCUUUCAUACAGCCCAAGGCCCUGCUGGAAGCUAUGAGCGAGCAAGGCUACUUUCAUCGAGUAUUGGGGCUGCCUGUUCACUUAGCAUCUGAAUCACUUUCUUUGUUUUGGACGAAGUUUCGAGCACUGCACCCUCAACACGAAGUUUUCCAAAACCCUGGCAAUCUUGAUUAUCAGAAACUCAUCCCGUACUACUUGCAUGGUGAUGGGGGCAGAGGGUACAAGAAGGAUCCCAUCGAGAUCUUAUCUAUGUUUCCUGUCCUUGGUAGUGGGUCGAGGAAGAGGUCUGUUGACUUAAGUUCGAAGCGACCAGCAGAAGCUGAAAUCGAGCUUGGUAUCAACUUGCAAGGGAAUUCCGGGGCCUCGCGGUUCUUGUUUUCUGUUGUCAGCAGCUUGGUGGCGAAGGAUGAUGCACAAAUAUUCGAUGAUCUCAUGGAAAUUUGGGGUCGAGAAUUGCGGUCGCUCUUUGAGCAUGGUUUUCAUGCCCAAGGGAGCACCUGGCGCAUCCUGAUUCUGGGUUUCACUGCGGACUCUCCUUUCGUGAAGAAGGUCGCAAAGAGUGUCAGAUCGUUUCAUAAUGUUCGUAAGGGCUUCGCUUCAAAGAGCGUUCAGACAGGGUGUUGCUGGCUUUGUAAUGCUGGUUACGAAUCGCCGGAGGACCGUAUUCAUAUUCCCUUCGAGCAUCUGGGCUUCACGGGGCCUGCUUGGGUUCAGACGGGCGGACUCAACAACCCGCUGCCGUGGACGGGCAGCGGAGGUGCACUGCUGCAACACAUGUUGGUGGAUGCGGGCGACACACCCGCAUCAUUUUUCCGAGCAGAUUUUUUUCAUGUUUGGCAUGCUGGUGUAGGCCAGGAUUUCACUGCGAGUGCAUUGGUGUACUCCAUCAAGGUCCUGUUUGGGUUGGGGGGUGUGGAUCGCGACCUCAAUGCCUUGAAUGCCGUCCUGAAAACAUGGCUGCACACCUCAAAGAGCAAGCUCCAUUGUGGUCGCUUUACCAAAGAUUUAUUGGGAUAUAACGGCACAAGGGAGUACCCUGAGGGAAAGUGGUCGAAAAACAUGGAUACAGCGGUGAUCACGAAGUUCCUCCUUCACCUAUUGGAACUCCCGAGUUCUCAAGCAGCGGUUCGGCGCGACGACAUCUUGCAGGAGAUUUUGGCAGCUGCAAAAGCAAUGGGCCGGGUGAUCUCAACAUGCCUGCGAGCAGAGUACUUCAUGUCCUCUGAACACUCGGAAGCUGUCUUCCAAAGUGGCCACGCUUUUCUCAUGCGGUAUUCGGCACUCGUGCAGAAGUGCUACGAUCGAUCAUUGUGCCUGUUCAAGCUACGCCCGAAAAUCCACUACCUGAAUCACGUUUUUUUGCGUGUCUAUCAGGAAUGGUUGCGUGACGGCUUUGCUGUCAACCCGCUGGCUGAGGCCACAUUUAUGUCUGAGGACUUUGUUGGGAAAACGGCUCGCGUCAGUCGACGCGUGAGCCCACGAGCCGUGGCAUUGAAGACAUUACAGCGAUACAUUUUCUUCCUGAAAACGUCUCUUGAUAAAGAUGCUUUUCAGAUGAUGGAUCUGAGCAUGUUGGCAUGA